UCCGGCUUUCCUAAAAGACUUUUUCGCCCCACGGAAGACUCACGCAAUCAAGGGGAACAACGUCGUGGAAAAUGGAAACCCACUGACAAGUUGGCCCCAAGAAAGGGCUUACUUCCAAAACUCAGCUGCUUUAUAAACUACAUCAGCAGAGUCUCCAAUUUGCUUCACGCCCACGGCGAUUGCUUUCUUCACUUUUCUUCGUAUUACCUUUCUUCUAAUCAAUGGAGGUCGUUUCAGAUCUGCCCGACGAUGUACUCCGAGAUUGCCUGAUUCGUGUGUCCUACGACCAGUUUCCCACGGUUGCAUCGGUGUGUAAAGGUUGGAUGGUCGAGGUUCAGCUUCCGGAGUUUCACCGCUUUAGGAGGGCCGCUGGCCAUGCCCAAAAACUCAUUGUCAUGGCCCAAUCCACCGCCCAACCGGACCGGAAUCUCGGACUGGCAAAUUGUUCCGUUCACCCGGUUCACCGCCUCACUCUUUAUGAACCGGAUACAGGUGAUUGGCGGGAACUGCAGUUGCCUCCGGGGAUGUCUGACGGGUUGCCGAUGUUUUGCAGGUUGGCCGGUUUCGGGUCGUUUUUGGUGGUGAUGGGCGGGUGGGACCCGGUCACGUGGAGGGUCUCUAAUUCGGUGUUCAUCUACCAUUUUCUUUCUGCCACGUGGCGGCGUGGGGUUGAUAUGCCAGGUGGGCCCAGGACUUUUUUCGGGUGUGCGUCGGAUUGUGACAGUGGGAUCGUUUUUGUUGCCGGAGGACAUGAUGACGAAAAGACGGCAUUGAGGUCUGUGAUGGCGUAUGACGUGGCAAAAGACAAGUGGACUAUGUUGCCUGACAUGGCAAGAGAGCGUGAUGAGUGCAAGGCGAUAUUCCAUGCUGGCAAGCUCCACGUCAUUGGUGGCUACUGUACGGAUAUGCAAGGCCGGUUCGAGAGGAGCGCCGAGGCGUUUGAUGUUGGCCCGUGGCAGUGGGACCAUGUUUUGGAAGACUACUUGGAGGCUGGCAUUUGUCCGAGGACCUGUGUGGAUGUCGAUGAUGGGGCCGUAUACAUGUGUGGGGGAAGUGAUGUGGUGGCAUCACGGAAAGGUGGCAAGUGGGAAGCGGUGACCAAGCUUCCUGCUGAGGUGUGCAAUACGGCUUACACGGCGACGUGGGGAAGCAAGCUGUUAGUGAUGGGGUCUGCAGGGUUUGGUCAGUCCUACGUGGCAUACAUGCUGGAUUUGAGAAGUAAGACAUGGACAAAGUUAGAGACCCCUUGGAAAUACUCUGGACAUGUUCAAUCAGGGUGUUACCUGGAGAUUUAGGUGGUGUUUGAUAAUUUUUUAAGGACCCCUUUUUUCUUUUUCUUUUUUUUUUUUGGUAAAAAAAAAAAAAGAGUUUAGCAAACAGACUAGCAUGGUUGUUACUUGUGUUUUUGAUUUUAGCCAUGAUUUUACGUUGUAAAUAUUCAAGCACAACGAGUCAACGAUGGUUUUGUCGUUCUUACCUUUAA